AUGGAGGGCCAGGUCGAAAAUGCCAUCCAGAUCGCCGCAAAUCCGACGUCGAGCCAGGAGCUGCGCGGUCAGGCUAUCGAAUACCUGAACCAGCUCCGUGCCGAAGGCUCCGCAUGGCAAGCUGCCCUCACACUCUUCGCGCGCGACCCUCGUCCCACCGACUUUGUCCGCCAUACGUCGCUCGACCUUGUGAACAACGCGAUCCAAGAACAUCGCCUCGAUGAGCAGAGUCUUGCGUACAUCAAGGAUACCCUCAUGGGCCAUAUCCACCGAUCCUACGUCCCGGGCAGUGGAGCUGCAGACACAAGCCAUAUCCAGAACAAGCUGAUGCAGACUGUCACUUAUCUCUUCGUAGCUCUAUACCCUUCCUCAUGGCAGUCCUUCUUCGACGAUUUCCGUGCCUUGGCUGGCGACCAGUCUACCAUCGGAAACGUCAAUACAGCCACGACGUUGCUAUACCUUCGCAUGCUCGGUCAAGUGCACGACGAAAUCGCUGACCAGUUGGUCGCCCGCCCAGAGGACGAGAAGAAGCGCAACACAGAGCUGAAAGACCUCAUCCGGCAACGGGACGCGCAGAAGAUCUCGUUAUCUUGGCAAGAAAUACUCGCGAAGUGGAGGGAGACAGACCUGAAUCUUGUGAAGAUGUGCCUGGAGACUAUCGGGCGCUGGGUUAGUUGGACCGACAUCAACUUGAUUGUCAACCAAGCCAUGAUCACAACUUUCCUGGAAAUGGCGGGCCAACAAGGAAUCGCUGAUCCCGAGAGCGCUGCUGGAAAGGUGCGCGAUGCGGCAAUCGAUACAUUCUCAGAGAUCGUCGGGAAGAAGAUGAGCCCAUCGGAUAAGAUUGAAUUAAUCACUUUCCUAAAUCUUUCCGAAGUCGUCGGCCAGCUGAUCAGCAGCCCAGCUCUGGCCGAUUUCAACAGCUCGAACUACGACAACGACCUUGCCGAGACUGUCGCUAAGCUCGUGAACAACAUCGUAUUCGAUAUCGUAAAGAUACUAGAGAACGAGGCUGUCGAGGAGCAUGUUCGGCAACGCGCAGACGAUCUCAUUCGCAUCUUCACGCCUUACCUUUUACGUUUCUUCGCUGACCAAUACGACGAGGUCUGCUCGACUGUCAUCCCAUCUCUUACAGAUCUCCUUACGUUCCUCCGCAAAUUGCAAAAGAAGUCUGGAUCGAUACCUCCACAAUACGCCGCAGUAUUACCACCCGUUCUAGAUGCGAUCAUUGCAAAAAUGAAGUACGACGAGACAGCCUCAUGGGGUGAGGAAGGCGAACAGACAGACGAAGCAGAGUUCCUCGAUCUCCGCAGACGCCUCCACGUCCUGCAACAAACAGUAACCGCCAUCGACGAGCCUUACUACAUCGAGACACUCAGUCGCUUAGUCAACGGAACCUUUGGACGCCUAUCUCAAGGCGAUCAAUCCCUGAACUGGCGCGACCUCGAAUUGGCUCUGUAUGAGAUGUAUCUAUUUGGAGAACUUGCAGUCAGAAACCAGGGACUGUAUGCGAAACGCGAGCCCUCAUCGGCUGCAGCUCAGCAACUCGUGAAUAUGAUGAACAGCAUGGUCGAAUCUGGUCUAGCAAACUACCCGCACCCUGCUGUUCAGCUGCAGUAUAUGGAGAUAUGCGUACGCUACUAUCAGUUCUUCGAGCAGAAUCCUGGCCUCAUCCCCAAGGUACUUGAGAAUUUUGUCAACCUUACCCAUAGCAACCAUGUCAAGGUCCGCUCGCGAUCCUGGUAUCUCUUCCAACGCUUAGUCAAGCAUCUGCGGGCCCAACUGGGCAACGUCUCCUACGACAUCAUUCAAGCGGUUGGAGACUUGCUUGCCAUCAAAGCUGAGCUACCAGAUACUUCAGAAGAUGAGAUGUCGUCCGAUGAAGAGGAUCAGUCGGCGGAUGCGCUGUUCGACUCGCAGCUGUACCUUUUCGAAGCCGUGGGCUGCAUCGCUUCGUCCAACACCGUCUCCGCGGAGAACAAGAGACUCUACGCGCAGACCAUCAUGAGCCCUCUGUUCUCAGACAUGCAACAGACUCUUCCCCAGGCGAGGAAUGGUGAUGAGCGGGCUAUACUCCAAAUUCACCAUAUCAUCAUGGCCAUAGGUACGCUAGCUCGAGGCUACUCAGACUGGGUACCGUCAAACAACAACAGCGUCGCGCCCCAGAGUGAGGUGGCGGAUGAGUUCGUCAAAGCAUCUGAGGCUAUCCUCGUCGCCGUUGAAUCACUGAACUCAUCUGGCUCCAUUCGACACGCUGCAAGAUUCGCUUUCUCGCGCAUGAUUGCCGUAUUAGGCUCGCGUCUGCUACAACAGCUGCCAUCCUGGAUCGAAGGACUCCUUUCUUUGAGUUCUUCCAUGGACGAGAUCAGUACCUUCCUCAAAGUGCUUGGUCAGGUCGUCUUCACCUUCAAGUCAGAGAUCGCUGGCAUUCUAGAUACCGUCAUGAGUCCAGUCUUGCAACGCAUAUUUACCGCACUAGCUGUAGUUCCUUCGGGUACAGAUGACGAGAUUCAACUAGCUGAGCUCCGUCGAGAGUAUCUGAACUUCAUCGUCGUUGUUCUCAACCAAGGUCUUGGGUCUGUGUUCGUCAGCAAUGUGAAUCAAGCGACAUUCGAGCCCAUAAUUUCUUCGAUCGAAACGUUCGCUCGCGACACACACGACUACCCUACCGCGCGCCUUGCAAUCUUUGUGCUUAUCCGCAUGAUCACGGUGUGGGGCGGACCCGACAAAGUCGGGCCUGGCGCGAACGCAACACCCACAUCUCCCGACACUGCUCAAGCACCAUUGCCGGGUUUCGACAACUACGUGGUAGAUAAGUUUUCUCCGUUGGCAUGGUCAAUUCCGGCUUCGCCGGGCUUCAACUCGAAAGACGCGCAGGCAAAGCAAGUCCUUUUUGAGGCCGCCAAUCUGCAGCACGAGAUCAUUAAGAAGGUUGGCGAACCGUAUGUGGAGCGACUCAAGAGCGAUCUCGGUGGCAUGGGAGUGGGCGACGACGGCGCGGACCAAUACCUGCGCACCCUCGCCGGCUCGUUUGAGGGACCGAAGAAGGAAAAAGAAUGGCGCAACUUCUACGUUCAAUUCGUGGAUCGCAUGCUUGCAAGCCGAGGUUGA